AUGUUUCAGGCAAUCCCUGAACUCCUGAAGCAAGUAUACACCGGGGCAGUGUUCCGCAAACCUACUGCCAAAGAGGAAACCGGUCCAAUAUCCGAACCCGAUGAACCCGACGAGCCCGAAGAACAAUUUUCUAUUGUCGGUGAAGCAGUUCAUGGAGUAGGCGUAAUGACUAAUUACAUUAGACAGCAGAACCAAGAGUUUGUUGUCACAAACGAAGAAUUUAAAACGUUGUUAAGUAUAAAGGAAAAAAUACUUUUACACUCAAUUAAUGCGAACCACUGUGUACAUCUUAAUGAGAAACUGGACAGUUACUGUCCCUAUACCAUCAAAGCAGCUGUGAAAACAGCUCAGUACAUUAAUCAAGAUACUGAAGAGAUCAAGAAGAGAAUUAGAGGAUCAAGGCCAGCUAUGGAGAUGAGGGUCUUGGCAACAAGGGAAAUACAAUCCCAGCAUGGAUAA